UAUCAACAAAUGCACUAUGGGUUUAGAUAGCGUGUUAUCAUGUCUGGAAUAUGAUUUAUGCAACAUCCUAGUUACUAAUUUGACAGAUAAUGCAUUGAAUGUUUCCCUGUUAACUGAAACGAGCCAUACAUUUCAGAUUUUCACAGUUCUAAAACUAUAUUUCGUUAUGUCUUCAAACCCAAAUGCAAGACGUGGUGUCCCAGAAAAACUUACAGUUUCAGAAAAGGUAGGCAAUUCAAAAAAGCCUUCAGCUUCCUACCCAUCUUCCCCAGACUCAGGCAGAUCUUCACCAGGCUCAUCCUGUUCCAUAUGUCUUAGACGGCAUGAAAACAAGUCCUACACUAAUAACUGCCUUCAUGAGUUUUGCUUUACUUGCCUGCUAGAAUGGUCCAAGGUGAAACCAGAAUGUCCGCUGUGUAAACAGGCAUUCACUUCAAUCAUUCAUAAUGUGAGAGCAAAUCAUGAAUAUGAUGAGCAUAAAAUACCAUUGGUAGACCUUGAAGAACCUGAUGUUUUUGAUCAAUUGCUUCAUCACCAAUCCUAUUACAGAUAACAGCCACUUCAGAAAGGAGGUGAAUGUUCUCACUGGAAAGUCUUCACACAAUUAGGCAAUUUGCACAAGAAGGUGUGUUACCACAUCCAACUGAGCGUCGUCCCAC